UAAGACAAGUGCAUAGCAUAUAAGUCACACGAAGGGAUUAAAAACAGGAUGAAGAUGAGAGCUUUUCUUGUAGCUUGUUUGGCACUGUUUUGUAUCAUAGGGGUUUGUCAAGGUGGCAACCUUAGAAAAAAAUUCUACAAGCUAACAUGUUCUCAAGCCGAAGACAUUGUUAGGACCAAAAUCCAGGAACAUGUCUCUGCAAGGCCUGAAUUGCCUGCCAAGUUGAUCAGACUGCACUUUCAUGACUGUUUUGUCAGGGGUUGUGAUGGUUCGGUUUUGCUGGACUCCACUGCCAGCAACACAGCAGAAAAGGAUUCGAUUCCGAACUUAUCUCUGUCAGGCUUCGAUGUCAUUGAUGACAUAAAAGCAGCAUUGGAGGAAAAAUGUCCUGGAACUGUAUCAUGUGCUGACAUACUUGCAUUGGCUGCAAGGGAUGCUGUUUCUGUCCAGUUCAAUAAGCCUAUGUGGGAAGUGCUUACCGGUAGAAGGGAUGGUAGAGUAUCCAUAAGUGGUGAAGCCUUAGCCAAUCUGCCAGCACCUUUUUUCAACAUCACCCAGCUCAGACAAAGCUUUGAGAGUAAAAAGCUUACAGUGCAUGAUCUGGUUGUGUUAUCAGGAGCACACACAAUUGGGGUAGGUCAUUGCAACUUAUUCAGCAACAGGCUUUUCAACUUCACCGGAAAGGGUGAUCAAGAUCCUUCUCUGAAUCCUACGUACGCCACUCUUUUGAAGACAAAAUGUCAAAGUCUGAGUGACACCACCACUACAGUAGAGAUGGAUCCUGACAGUUCAAGCACCUUUGACAAUGAUUAUUAUUCUAUCCUUCUUCAAAACAAGGGUCUAUUCCAAUCAGAUGCUGCCCUUUUAACAGCCAAGGUCUCAAAAAACAUUGUGAAUGAAUUGACCAAACAAGACAAGUUCUUCACAGAGUUUCGGCAGUCAAUGAAGAGAAUGGGCGCCAUUGAGGUUCUCACUGGCUUGGAUGGUGAAAUUAGAACAAAGUGCUCUGUUGUCAACUCUUAAUCAACUCUUUCCUUUUCAUUUCUUCUGUUUCUUUUCCUACAUUUUUUCUUUGAGAACCCAUUCACUUAAAUUUGCUUUG